CACUAUUAUUAUAGUGCGCAUGCGCGAGGGAUAUUGACGAUCCCGUACCCAUCUCCACAUGGUAUGUAGCAUGGCGGAAGGAAGCUCAGAAACAAGCCAGCUAACAGACACUUCUGCAGAAAAUGUGGAAACAGUCAAUUUCAGAGUCGUAUGGAAGAAAACAACGUAUGACGUCACUUUUGGGCUCGAUGAAAAAGCGAUUAAACUAAAAGAGCACAUACAAACACUCACAGGUAUCCCACCCACAAUGAUGAAAUUAAUGUAUAAAGGGCUAGUGAAGGAUGACAAGACGCUAAGGGAGUUGGCUGUGACGGCCAAUGCUAAGAUGAUGGUGGUGGGGUCCACCAUGGGAGACGUCAUGACUGUGCAACCACCCUCAGCUGCUGAGAUAAAGAAACUGCAGACUGAGAAACCAUCUGACCCCAAACAAUCUCUGAGUGAAGCGAUUGAUCAUAAAAAAAUUCUUGAAAAAGGUGUACCUGAAGAUAUACCUCCCGGAAUUAAGCAUAGGAACGACCCGCUACCGGGGCAAGCCCUGUCUGGUAUGCUCAACAAGUAUGGGAACAAAGUACGGCUACAUUUUAAGAAGGAGUUGGACCAGCUGUGGAUAGGUACCAAAGAACGCACUGAGAAGCUUCCUCUUGGGUCCAUCAGUAAUGUUCUAUCAGAGCCAAUCAAAGGACACGAGGAAUAUCACAUCAUGGCUCUUCAGCUUGGGCCGACCGAGCUCUCUCGAUACUGGAUCUACUGGGUGCCCGCACAAUACGUGGAGGCGGUCAAAGAUGCUAUCCUCGGGAAGUGGCAACUUUUCUAACCAUCUGAGUAUUUAUUAACUAACGUAACUAACGACAAGACACUGCUAGCAUGUGAUGUCAAACAUGUACCCAUAUUUCGUGUCACAUGCAUUUUUUAUGUUAAAUUUAUGACUGUAUUAUUGUUAAUUGGUAAUGGUAUGUGACCUCAAUCA